AUGGGUGAAUCCAAGCCGUUGGUGAAUUCAUGGACAGAAUUUGGUCAGUUGGAAUUAGUUUGUGUUGGCAGUGCUGAAGGUAUGUGCUAUCCGGACGAUAGAAAACCUUAUCGCGUUAUUCAUAUAUCACAAGAUGAAAAUUUGAAACAGUAUUUGACAACGUUCAUUGGUCCACGACCCCCUAAGCGUAUUCAACAGGCGCAAGAGCAACUUCAAAAUUUAUGUAGUUUAUUACACGGCGAGCAAAUUGAAGUCAAAGAUGUCGAGGAAAUAGACGGAGAUAUUCAACAAAUGCUAAAACGUAAACGAUGUUCGGUCGUAGACCAACAGCCGACGACAUCGAGCGACGACAAGCGCAUAGCAAAACCGUCGAUCGAUAUUCUUCGAGCUCCGUCCGGUAAGCGGUUCGAUCAUGUGAUUCGAACACCGCACUUUGAAUCCCAUUAUCAGUUCGGUCUAACUUGUCCAAGAGAUAUUAUAAUAACAAUUGGUAAUACAAUUGUCGAAGCACCAACGGCCUGCCAUUCACGUUAUUUCGAAUCAUCUUAUUACAGAGAAUUGAUUUAUCCAUUAUGGAAUAGUGAUCCAAAAAUGAAAUGGAUACAACCACCAAGGCCGACUGUAUCAGAAUCGAUGUUUAACGAUGUAAACUAUUGGGAUAAGACAACAAGCGAACAGUUCAAACGUGAUUUUAAAACAAAUGGUUACAAAACAAAUUUGAACGAAAACGAAAUUGCAUUCGAUGCCGCUGAUUUGAUGCGUAUGGGAAAAGAUAUUUUCUAUAAAAAAGACGUAUUUGCAAAUAAUCAAGGUCUCAAAUGGUUGCGACGAACAUUUUCUCCCGAAGUAAGAUUUCAUGCAGUUCAUUUUCCUACCGAUGGUACACCUCAUAUCGAUGUCGAUUUAAUACCAUUACGACCUCCAUCAUCUGGGUCACAUGGAAUUGUAUUGAUCAAUCAGCUUCAUCCACCAUUAAAAGCUGAAAUGAAAUUAUUUACUGAUAAUGACUGGCGCCCAAUGUUCGUACCAUUACCUGCUUGUAUGGAUACACCACCGAUGGCUUUAUGUAGUCCAAGUCUCAAUAUGAAUUUACUGUCGUUAAGUGAAAAAUGCGUUGUUAUUGAAGAAUGUGAAAUACCAUUAUAUCACUUUUUGGAAGAUGAAUUAGGCUUCGAUGUUAUUACGUGUCCAUUGCGAGUUUUAAAUGAAUUCGGUGGUGGAAUACAUUGUGUAACAUGGGACAUUCGGCGAAAUGAUUCGUGCAAAGAUUAUUUCCCGGAACAAAAUUAUGAGGAAGAAUGUAAAAUAGACUUAGACAAUUAUUUUGAAACCGAAGAAUACUCAGUGAAGACUGAAGACACAAAUCGAACGGAACGGGAGCACAAACUGAACUAA